AUGGGAGGUGGAUUCUCAUCUCACAGACGUGCCCUGCCCCGCAGCACCUUUGGGCACAAGUCGGUGUCAGUAUGUUCAGUGCCUGGACAGUUUUUGUCCUGGUUUGUGUCGCCCCUGCCAUGUGAAAUAAACCUCUGGAUCUCUGCAGUGCCUCCAAAUGUGUCCGGAUCAGAAGGCUGCCGGCUGGCCACGGGCGCCCGGAGCUGCGUGGUGGAGGAGGACGAUGACUUUUUGGAGCACCUGGUGCUGCUGAGAACGAUCUGCCUGGGGGCUGAGGCCAGGGACGAGCUGCACGUGGUGGCCGUGGAUUCCAAAAACGCCUCCGGGGAGCACAGGCCGGUGCCCAUCGCGGCUCUCAGGAGCUCCCUGCUCCCCAUGGUAAGGGCAGCCCGCUCACAGCCUCUGCCCAGGGGUGACACCUGGGGCCGGGGGUCUCGGAGCUGCGGUUCUUUGCAGAUCAACCUCAAAGGGCUGGAGCUCGUCCCUCCCGUCACCUUCGUGCUCCAGUGCGGAGCUGGGCCGGUCUAUCUCAGCGGGCAGCGCGUCACCCCCCUGCCUCUCCUCGCCCCAGUGGAAGAUGGUGCCGUGUCUGAAGCCCGCGACGAAGAGCUCUCGGAGGAAGAUGGGGGUGAUGAGGGCGAUGAUGGAGCUUCAUAGAACAUUGGAGAAGACUUUGGCUCUGGAGCUGAGCUGGUGAGGUGGUGGAGGGGACAUCCUGUGCUGGGAGCUGCCAGCGCCCGUGCCAAGGGUGGCGCAUCCUCGCAGAGGGACACAAACUGUGCCGUGCCUUGUCCCCUCUCUGCUUGAGAGCUUCCCUGGCACAGCUCAGCCUCUCCUGCCUUUUUGCGCAGGCAAAUUCCAGUUAAUAAAUGCAGGAAUGCCCUUUUGUGCAUAAGUGACCGAUUAUUUGAUGCAUG